AUGCUGCUCCUCUACACCCUAGGGGGGCCCCGUAAACAUAGACAGGGUCACUUUGGGGGCCCCCAGGGGCCCCAGGGGCCCCCAGGAGAUGCAAGCAGCACACUGGGGGGUCUUGCAGCAGCAGCAGCAUUCCGACGGCGCCGCUUUGGGCUGCGACUUUGCUGCAGCAGCAGCGAGCAGCAGCAACGCUGCAUUCUAACGCAGCAGCAGCAGCAGCAGCAGCAGCAGCAGCAGACGCAGGAGCUGCAGAAACACCUGCACCUACAGCCCCAGCAGCAGCAGCAGCAGCAGCAGCAGCAGCAUGUGGUGAAACCUCUGCGGGGCUCUCUCUUGAAGCCUCAUCAGCAGCAGAAGCAGCAGGAGCAGCAGCUGGAGAACCUGCAGCAGCAGCGGGCGCAGGAGCAGCAGCAGCAGCAGCAGCAGGAGCAGCAGCAGCAGCAACAGGAGCAGCAGCAGCAGCAGCAGCAGGAGCAGCAGCAGCAGCAACGGGAGCAGCAGCAGCUCUGGUUGGGUUUGGAGGGUUUCUGGGCUAGUGCGGCGGGACUGGUGGGUAGCGAACCGGACGAGGGGUUAGGCCUAAGGCUUACUAGGAGCAUUUUUGGUCCAUUAGGGAGUGGGGCGCUGGGCAAGGGCCCUGGCUACGGCGGCCACGGCGGCUCUGUGCUGCUGCGCUGCAGCAGCACAGUGGGGUGUCUGUACACUGUGCAGCAGCAAAUUGCUGCAGCAGCAGGAGGCGACGGGCAGCAAACCAGCAGGGGUUUGCACGCGCCCGACACAAUUGUCAAGCUGCCCCCGGGUACGAUCGUGCGCAAGAGAAUUCUGACGGGGCAGAAGAGCAGCAGCGGCAGAGCUAUCAGGGCCUCUGUAUUCUGGCAGCAGCUGCUGGAGGAGGGCCAGUCUCUGCUGGUAGCUGCUGGCGGCCGAGGGGGAAUAGCGCCGCCAAGUUUGAAGCAGCAGAAAAAGAGGAGGGCUCCAGAGGCUGGAGAGAAGGUGCACCUCGAACUGGAGCUGCGGCUCGUGAAUGACGUGGGGGUUGUGGGGGAAAGCGCAGCAGGAAAAACCUCCCUUGUCUCCGCCUUGACUGACUACCAGUCCCGAAUAGGCCCCGGGGGUUUCCGCACGCGAAGGCCUUUUGUGGCUUCUUUGUUUUGGGCCUCUGGAGAGAAGGCUUUGCUGCUAGACCCUCCUGCGCUUUUCCCGGGAGCCCACAAAGACAAGAGGCUGGGUCUGCGCAUUCUGCGGCACUACUACCGAUCGCGUGUCUUCUUAUAUGUAGUCGAUCCCACGCAGCAGCAGCAGCAGCAAGACCCCCGGUUGCUGCUGCAGCAGCAGCAGCAGCAGAUUGGCUUGCUGCAGUCGCAGCAGCGCCUUCUGCAGCAGCAGCAGCAGCAGCAGCAACUCGAAGACGGCAGCAGCGACACGCGAAGCAGCACCGCGCUGAGUCCAUCUUCGCAGCAGCAGGACGGCGAGCAGCAAGAGCAGCAGCACCAAGAGCAGCAGCAGCAGCAGCAGCAGCAAGAGCAGCAACAGCAGCAGCCGCAGCAAGAGCAGCAGCAGCAGCAGCAGCAGCAGCAGCUAGAGGAGAGCCGGCUCCUUCAGGUCGGCAUCUCCUCGCUUUGGGCUUGGUUGCGCAGCAGUAGCAGCAGAGAUUCACAAACUGCUGCUGCUGCAGCAGCAGCAGCAGCAGCAGCAGCAGCAGCUCGAGCCAAUAAGAAGGGCAACGCGCAGCAGCAGCGCGCGUUGCUGCGGCCGCAGCAACAAAGCACAGCAGCAGCAGCAGCAGCAGCAGCAUUGUUGGCUGCACAGACGCUGUCUUCACUUGUCACACAGAGGCCCCCGAAAGUCCCUUUGGCGGGGAGUUGGGGGCCCCCCUGA